UUCAAAUCAACAUCAACUUUGCUUGAAUUCAAAUUUUUUUUUCUGUUCAGAUGAUUGAGAUUUUGGUCGUUUCUUGAGUGACACCUGCUGCACGUUGAAUGCAGGAGCAAGUGUUGUUGUACCUAGAAGAGUAAUAGAGUUGUAGUACCGAGUCGGUCAGAUACAACUAGGUACAGCGAGAUACAUAUUGCUCUUGGUAGGACGAGAAAGAAAAAUGAAGACCCAGCUGCUAUCUUGUAGACCUCUCAACAGCACAACCUCCGCUUCGAUUUUUGGUGUCUUUUGUUCAUCGAUGAAGUUGUAUAUUUAAACUGAAGAAGGUCCGGCGACCCGCAGCAAUUGCAGCGAUUAGACAUCACGUUGCGGCUACAACGAGGAUAAGACGGCAACCGUGGGGCGAUACGAAGAAGCGAUAAGAUCAAGAUUUCAACGACUUCCUAGAACAAUACCUUCCCAACAUCAAGAUGUUGUCAUAUUUUACAGGGCCGCUCGCGACCUACAUGACAGAAUUUGCGAUUCUGCUCAAGCGACCAAGAGUUUUCUUCACCCAGCUGCUCAACUUGGCAUGUACCUUAACUUUGAAUACAAAUCCCUUGACAGGAGGGGAUGAGCGACUUAGUACUCAAAGAAAGACCUUCAUAACAUUAACAUUGUGAAAAUCCUCCUGCUUAUAAAUAAUGAUAGAGUUGUUCACAUCAACCAAAAGAUAACCUUCUCCACAACCUGCAACUAAACAAGGUAUAAUUUUUACCGCGUUGAUGCUCUGGCGAGGCUUAUCCUUGUCAACGGGGAGUGAGAGUCCAGUAGUUGUGGUGCUCUCUGGCAGUAUGGAGCCUGGAUUCUAUAGAGGAGAUAUCCUGUUCCUUAACAUGUGGCGGGAGGAGCGAUUUGUUCCGGGCGAUGUCAUUGUUUUUCAAGUCGAAGGCAGGGGCAUCCCGAUUGUGCAUAGUACUGAUUAUGUACAUAGAAGAUUACAAGUGAUGAAAUCUAUUUGUUUUCCACGAUGAUAUAAGCAAUAAGAGAUACGUUGAAGUAAGUGGAUGAUGUGGCUGGUUUUUUCUACAAAUUUUCUUGCCUUGUACUUCCUUCUUUCAUAAGUUGUAAACAAAAAUUAAAUUGUGUUUGAUGCUGGACCACACUUGCUUCAUCUACCUCUUUCCUCAACAACAACAUCAACAAUAGAAUUCCUUCACUACACCUGCUACCACCUCCGGAUUUAUGAUCUAUCAAAAAAUACAAUCUACUCCACGUUCUUGAACCUCAGGAAUAGUGAAUGCGCACAAGAGCUGGGACAAGGAGUUUGCAAUAUUGACAAAAGGCGACAAUAACCAGGUAGAUGACAGGGGUCUCUACAACAGCAAGCAGAACUUCAUUUCGAAAAAUGAGGUCAUGGGUAGAGCGUUUGGGUUCCUGCCCUACGUAGGCAUGAUCACAAUCCUUCUAAACGAUUACCCCUGGCUGAAAUACAUAAUGAUAGGGUCGAUGGGCUUCUUCGUGAUGAUAGGGAGGGAGUCGAAAGGCUGGCUCUAGCGACUUCUUCAGUCGAUUGGAGCUUCAGAAAGAAGCGAUUCCAGUCGAGAAGAGGAAAAGGACAUCUUCACAUACUUACGGUGUAAGCAUGCUAAAAGAAUAGAAGAGGUCUACUUCUUCCAUGUUGAAGAUUAUAGUACGUUCAUCAUGAUUUUGCUACCCCUUCAUACUAUUUAAUCUUGUUCACCUACGACGGACCUCCAUUGAUGUUGAUGUUCUAAGAACCGUAAAAAUUUGAGUACUAAUAUUACAUCAGAUCAUCCGUCCACAUUGCCCCACAUAUUACACACAUCCCACACAAUGCAGCAUCUGCAUCCCCGUUGCUAAUGGCCCACACGUUCACUAUCAUCACAUUCACACCAGCCAAGGCUGUCGAUGUGCUGGAUAGCAGAGCAUUGACCCACUGAUGUUUCUCUAUGGUCUAUUAAACAUUAACCCAAAAAUGCGCACUUGAUUGUGACAACACGUUAUUACAGGAGAUUUUGUUUUAUUCAGAAGAUUAAUGAUUGCAUGCGGGAUGGCUGUCUGACUGUUCGUUGCUCGUGCCUGGACCUUGUACAUAACAAUCAUGAUGA